GAACAGCCAAAACACGAACAGGGGUGACAAAUCACCGUGUGAGGGCGAGUGGACCUCCUCUCUGCCUACUCCCUGUUCCAGGCUCUCGGGUCCCCAGGGCUCUGCGCUGUUGUUCCCAACACUCGGCAAAGCCAGCGUCUUCAGAUCUAGCAAAGUGAAUCAAGCUCGGGAGUUUUCUGUUCAGCACCUCGGACAGAGCACGCAGCAAAAAUAUGGCUCCGAUCACUCCCAGCCGGGAAGAAUUUGAUGAAAUUCCCGCUGUGGUGGGGAUCUUCAGUGCUUUUGGCCUGGUCUUCACAGUCUCUCUGUUUGCAUGGAUCUGCUGUCAGAGAAAAUCAUCCAAGUCUAACAAGACUCCCCCCUACAAGUUUGUGCAUGUGCUUAAAGGAGUCGAUAUUUACCCUGAAAACCUAAAUAGCAAAAAGAAAUUUGGAGCAGAUGAAAAUAAUGAAACCAAGAACAAGCCAGCCAUGCCAAAGAGCUCAUUGCAUCUCAAUCUUGAGAAAAGAGAUCUUAAUGGCAAUUUUCCCAAAACAAACCUCAAGGCUAGUAGUCCUUCUGAUCUAGAGAAUGUGACCACAAAGCUCUUUCCAGAAGGAGAGAAAGAGGCAGUGUCCCCUGAUAGCAUUAAGUCCAGCACUUCUUUGUCUUCAGAAGAGAAACAAGAGAAACUGGGAACCCUCUUCUUCUCCCUAGAGUACAACUUUGAGAAGAAAGCAUUUGUGGUAAAUAUCAAGGAGGCUCGUGGCUUGCCGGCCAUGGAUGAGCAGUCAAUGACCUCUGAUCCAUACAUCAAAAUGACAAUACUUCCAGAGAAGAAACAUAAAGUGAAAACUAGAGUUCUGAGAAAGACCUUGGACCCAGCUUUUGAUGAGACCUUUACAUUCUAUGGAAUUCCCUACACUCAGAUCCAGGAGUUGGCCUUGCACUUCACCAUCUUGAGUUUUGACAGGUUUUCAAGAGAUGACGUCAUUGGAGAAGUCCUUAUUCCUCUCUCAGGAAUUGAAUUAUCUGAUGGAAAAAUGUUAAUGACCAGAGAGAUCAUCAAGAGAAAUGUUAGGAAAUCUUCAGGACGGGGUGAACUAUUGAUUUCUCUUUGCUAUCAGUCCACCACAAAUACACUCACUGUGGUUGUUUUAAAAGCUCGACACCUGCCUAAAUCGGAUGUAUCUGCACUUUCAGAUCCUUACGUCAAAGUCAACUUGUACCAUGCCAAAAAAAGGAUCUCCAAAAAGAAGACACACGUGAAAAAAUGCACCCCCAAUGCAGUAUUCAAUGAACUGUUUGUCUUUGAUAUUCCUUGUGAGAGUCUUGAAGAGAUAAGUGUGGAAUUUCUAGUCUUGGAUUCUGAGAGAGGAUCUCGAAACGAGGUGAUUGGGCGCUUGGUCUUGGGUGCAGCAGCAGAAGGCAGUGGUGGCGAGCACUGGAAGGAGAUCUGUGACUUUCCCAGGAGGCAAAUCGCCAAGUGGCAUAUGCUCUGUGAUGGUUAGCAUCCUAGCUAUGAGCUGGAACUACAUGAUUUUUCUAGGCAAGGAGUAAUUCUCUUUCUUUGUGAUAUGUAACUUGCAAGCUUGUGACAGCAAGCUACCUUGUUUUUGUUAGAAAUGGAUUGAAUUAGACCAGAAAGUAACUGUAAAUGUGUAUCAUGAUAAUUUCCCCCUUAAUUUUGAGAAAUGGGAUAAUUUUCAUAAGAUAUUAGUUUUCCAUGAAGGUUACCAAUGUCAGAAAUAAAAAUAGUAAGCAUUUUUUAUGA